AACGCGGACGAGCAUCAAGAGGGCGACUCUCGACAGUCAACGAUGUGGAGAGGCGCGCCCAGCUCCUGGGACUACGGCCGUGUGAGCGCAGCGCACCCGAUCGACGAAGAGGACAGCAGAGGCCGACCAAGGUCAUCGUCUUUCGGCCGUCUUCGACAGGUCGGAGGCCCUAACAGCAUCGACAACUUUGCCCGCUCAUGGCAGAGAGCAGCUGCCUUCCCCGAAGUCUUUCCACGUCGCUCCUCGUUCGUUGAGGCAGACAUCGACGAUGAAUGCGCUAUUGCCACCGGAUCCGACUCCGCAGCCAGAGCUUCUCGACCACACCGUGAUUCCGAUCUAGAUCAACCUCUGCUACUGUCUGAUGAGUCUGGUGGGGAGGAAGAGGUUACACCCUACUGGCAUGGUUCCCAAAGGUCCAGGAAGCCACUCCCGAGCACCGGGCUCCUGGCGUCGUCGCCGGACAGAAACAAUUUCACUGCGUAUGGCUCGAUAUCCUCGCGCGUAAGUGAAUCGACUCGUCAAAAUGCGAUCCAGCUCCAUAAAGAGCAUCUCAGUCGGACUGAUGCCUCUGUGGAUCCCGAUCGAGAGCCCCUGAUCCUCAAGCAUGUUCAACACGAAGAUGGCACGGAAGAGGACAUCGUGGUUGGGCAAUCUACCGUUCCACAGACUGUUUUCAACUCCGUCAACGUACUGAUCGGGAUUGGGCUGCUGAGUCUUCCAUUGGCAAUGAAGCAUGCCGGUUGGGUACUUGGGUUAUCGUUUCUGAUCUUUUCCGCGGUGACGACGGGCUAUACGGCCAAGAUUCUGGCCAAGUGUCUGGACGUGGAUCGCUCUCUUGUUUCAUACAGUGACAUUAGCUAUCUGGCAUUCGGGCAAUAUGCUCGCUUCAUCACCAGUCUCCUGUUUUGUAUGGAACUGCUUGGAGCUUGUGUGGCUCUCGUGGUGCUUUUUGCAGAUAGUCUGUACGUCCUGAUUCCAGGGUUCAAUAUUCUCCAGUGGAAGAUAGUCUGUGGAAUCGUUCUGUUGCCCUUGAAUUUCAUGCCUUUGCGCUUUCUCAGUGUCACUAGCAUUCUCGGCAUCGUCUCGUGCACAUCAAUUGUCCUUCUCAUUUGCGUCGAUGGAUUGAUGAAGCCACAGUCACCUGGCUCUCUUCGCCAACCUGCCACCACAUUCCUCUUCCCUGAGAACUGGGCUACCCUUCCUCUAAGUUUCGGUCUCAUCAUGUCACCCUGGGGCGGGCACUCCGUGUUCCCCAACGUGUAUAAAGACAUGAGGCAUCCUCAUAAAUAUGAGAAGAGUCUCUGGUCCACAUAUCUAUUUACAUUUUCUCUUGACUGCUCCAUGGCGAUCCUCGGCUGGCUCAUGUUUGGAGACAUGGUUCGAGACGAGAUCACGGCGAACGUCCUCGCCAUCGACGAGUAUCCGCAGGCACUAUCCGUCUGUAUCAUCAUCUUCAUCUCCAUCAUCCCGCUGACAAAAGUACCUUUGAACGCCCGGCCCAUCGUAUCGACGUUCGAAGUCCUCUGUGGAGUGGCAAAGGGCCGUGAACCCCUCGGAGCGCGUCCGGAAAAGAUUCAAGAAAUGGCGCGUUUGGUGAUUCGUGUUUUCACAGUCGCGCUUAUUGUCGUAUUGGCCAUAGUCUUCCCCUCCUUCGACAGGAUUAUGGCUUUCUUGGGCUCGUUCUUGUGCUUCACCAUUUGCAUCAUUUUCCCGCUUGCCUUCUAUCUAAAAAUUUUUGGGAAAGAGAUCAGUCGAAGAGAGCGCAUCCUCGACUGGGCUUUGCUGAUAUUUUCAUCGAUACUGGCGACGAUCGGAACCGUGUGGGCAUUCUUGCCUCGUGAAAUGAUCUCGGGAACAUCUUAG